ACCGUACAGCAUUAUGUCGCAGAAAUGGAGCCAGACUUGUCGAAGGGUGUGCAUGCUGCAACGUGUAUCGAAUAGAACCACCAACUAUCGCAACAUAGCAACAAGCACACCAUGCAAAGCAAAGCGCUCACAAAGUCUCGCCGAAGCCGAUUCACGGCCCGUCAAGGAUGUUCGACAGAUGGAGUUUCAGUCUUACAACCUCAAUCCAUACCCGCGCUUAGCUACACCUCCUGCCACUGCUCCUAUGGCGAGUAUAUCCUCAAUAAAGCAGAAAUGGGAAACAACCCUUGAAAAGGCCCAAAAAGCUGACCAGACCGUGACCUUGACUGGUCGUAUCACUUCAAAGAGAGAGUCCAGUAAUAAGCUUGUUUUUUACGAUGUGACGUGUGAUAGCCAUGUCAUGCAAGUGGUUGUAUCCCGGUCAACGUACCAAGGAUCCCCAGAAGCAUUUGCACAGAUAAAUAAGACUCUCUGCCGCGGCGAUAUAAUAGCUGUUAGUGGUGUACCUGGCAAAACAAACCAUGGCCAAUUGAGUAUAUAUGCAACAGAAAGAUUGGACCUACUUUCCCCAUGCUUGCACGAUAUUCCCAAAACAAAGUUGAAUGAUGCAGGCAAGCGAUUUCGAAAUAGACAUGUAGACCUCUUGACCAACCCAGACGCAAUACAGACGUUACGAACUCGCGCUCAAAUUAUCAAAUUCAUACGACAAUUUUUAGACGCACGAGGAUUUCUUGAAGUCGAGACUCCGGUACUUGCGACUCUAGCAGGAGGAGCUAAUGCUAAACCGUUUGUCACCGUAGCCAAUGCGUUGGACAUGGAAAUGCAACUUCGAAUUGCUCCAGAACUUUACCUCAAGCAAUUGGUGAUUGGAGGCUUGGACCGAGUAUAUGAGAUUGGAAAGCAGUUUCGCAACGAAGGUAUCGAUGCUGAUCAUAACCCUGAAUUCACAACCUGCGAGUAUUAUCAAGCAUAUGGAAAUUUAGAAGGCUUGCUUACCGAUACAGAAACCAUGCUCCGAACCAUGGUAGAGGAUGUAUGUGGGACCCACCAAGUUAAGACGCGAGACGGCACAAUUAUAGACUUUAGCAAGCCGUUCCGUAGAAUCAAUGUACUUGAAGAACUGGAACAAAAGACAAAGCAACCGUUACCAAACUUGGAAGAUGCAGACGCAGUGACCAAUCUGCUGAGUAUAUGCCGUGAACAAAAUAUUCACGUACCGCAACCGCAUACCGUUUCCCGCAUUCUUGAUAAACUCAUAUCGGGACUCAUUGAACCUGAAUGCAUCCAUCCAACCUUUUUGCUGGGCCACCCUCUUGUCAUGAGUCCACUUGCCAAAGAUGCUGUCGACGAACACGGUAGAAGCAUUGCCGCCAGAUUCGAACUGUUUGUUGGUACUCGGGAGCUUAUUAAUGCCUACGAGGAAUUGAACGAUCCCGAUGAACAGCGAAAACGAUUUCUCAGACAACAACAGGACCGAAUAGAUGGCGAUGGUGAGGCUCAAAUGGCCGACCAUCGGUUUUGCGAUGCCCUCGAGUACGGACUUCCGCCAACUGCAGGAUGGGGAAUGGGCGUAGAUCGUGUUGUUCAAUUGCUAACUGAGAAUAAUCAUAUUCGUGAGGUGCUUGCCUUUCCCGUUGUUCGUAACGAGUAAUCAAAACUCCUCCAUGUAAUUUUACAGUCUUCCCUAUAAUAUUAUUCCUUUCCAUCACCCUCCAAUUAAAAAGCGACACCAAAGUUUUUUCUUCAUCGAUGUGCUACUAACAAGGGUCCACCUAAACCCUUUCCGUGCUGUGCGCAUGAGAGUAUAUAAUGUAUUGCUCUGUAAUUAAAUUGCCAUUUUCUAUGUGUUACUUUGAUGAAAGUAUUAAAUAAAACAGCGUUGGGU